AUGACUUGCUGUGAAAGCUGGACGUCCUGCAAUGGAUUUAGCUUGUUGGUUCUAUUGCUGUUGGGAGUGAUUCUCAACAUAGUACCACUAGUCGUUUACAAAAUUGAAGAUGGUGAGCUGUUUCAAAACCCCAUAUCUUGCUUUGAGUGGUGGUACCCUGGAAUUAUAGGAGCGGGUGCGUUGGCCAUCCCAGCAACUGCAAUGUCCCUGGCUGCAAGGAAAAGGGCAUGCUGUAACAACAGAUUUGGAAUGAUUCUGUCAUCGUUUUUAAGCGUGGUAACUAUCGCUGGUGGUCUGUACUGCAUGCUGGUGUCUCUGCUGGCUCUUUUUGAGGGACCUCUCAUUUGCAAUGACAAUGGCAACAGCUCAGUCAACUGUGAAUUUUCAUUCAAAAACUUUAGUGACUUUCAUCGAUUUAAUCAAUCAUUCGAUAGUCUGAAAUGGUUUUACAGUACAUGUGUGCCCGAUGUCCCCAGCUAUUCUGUCACCGAAGACAGUAGAAACGUUACCCAGGGAACAAAUACCUUGAGCUCUGAAGAAGACAAGCUUAAGAUUAUUCACCUUUCAGUAUUUGCUGGCUUACUUUUGGUUGGGGUUCUUGAGAUCUUAUUCAGUGUCAGUCAGAUAGUGAUUGGGUUGUUUGGCUGCCUCUGCGGAGUUUCUAAGAGGAGAAGCAGACAAACAUGGUAA